AUGUCGCCCUUCCUCACCGAGACUUCCGACCAUGGGGUCGAGUCUCGCCCAACAGACACUAUCCAUGAGUUUCCUCACAUCACCUCGAACCCAAGCAUCAUCCCAGCUUCGGUCGACCCAUUCACCAUCACCACCCAGACCGGCUUCUUGCCCCUCCAGACCCCACAAGUCGAGCUGCCACCAGCGUUCAAGGCCCUGACACUUCUCUGCGAUGAGAUGCCUAUCGUCAAGCUUGACGGCACACCUGGCUUGCUCGCGACAUUCAAGCUUGGACCGACCGUCGAUGAGGUCAAGCCCCUGCCGGAUCUCACAGAUGAGAUCGACAACGUCGUCACCGCGGACGGCAAGCCUGAUUUGGUCGCUGUCACCGCCAUCUUCCGCGACUACGCUUUCCUCGCCUCCGCUUACUUGCUUGAGCCAUGCUGGGAGCGCUUCAGCAAGGGCCUUGAAGGAUACGGUCUUGGUCGCCCCGUGCUGYCCAAGUGCAUCGCCGGCCCAAUGUACAAGACCGCCAAGCUGAUCGACAUUCCACCUUUCAUGAGUUACGCCGCUGCGUACUCCCUCUUCAACUACCGUUUUGAAGACCCAUCGAUCGGUUUCUCCAAGUACAGCAACCUGCGGAUGAUUCGAGCCUUCGAGAAAGGCCUCGAUCCACUUUCAUCUGAGGCCGGUUUCGUUCUGACACAUGUGGACAUCGUCAAGCACACGGGCGGACUCAUCGAGGGAGCAGUCGGUUUGCUCGAUUCCGUCGCGGCCAAGGACUCUAGUGAAGCUCUGGCCGAUUCAUUCGAACUCAUGCYCAACACCAUGCACGAUAUCGAAGAGUCAAUGGAGAAAAUGUGGGCCCAUUCCAAACCAAAGGAGUACAUCAGCUACCGGACCUUCAUCUUCGGUAUCACGAACCAAUCGAUGUUUCCCGACGGCGUGGUUUACCAGGGCGUGAAUGACGAGAAGCCCAUGUACUUCCGUGGAGAGUCUGGAGCCAACGACAGCAUCAUCCCUCUACUCGACGGUCUCCUGCAGAUACCGAUGCCGCWGAACCCCCUGACUGAGAUCCUGAAGGACUUCCGCAACUAUAGACCCAAGCCUCAUCGCGACUUCCUCACCUACGUGCGUACACGCUCAGAAGAGGUUUCCGUCAAAGAGUACUGCCUCAAGAGCUUGCAAACCAAGAUCCUAUACCUUCGUCUCCUCGAACACGUGCGUAGCUUCCGCUGGCGCCACUGGCUUUUCGCCCGCGAGUACAUCUUGCGACAGACCGCAUACCCUGUGGCAACUGGAGGCAGCCCAAUCGUAACCUGGUUGCCCAACCAAUUGUUCGCAGUCAUGGGAAUGAUGCAGAGCGUGUGGGAGAGCAUUCCUGAGGCGGAUCAGGCAGCCCAGGGAAAGACUGUCAACGAGAUGAUGGCCAACGUCUACGAUUCCGACGACAAGCUGCACAAGGAAGUCGAUCGGUGGUGCAAGGAGCGCGGCGUCCCGGGAAGCGACCGUGCUUGA